ACCCCCGGUUUUUAUCUUAUUUUAUUUUAUGCACAUCAACGCAUUUAUAUAAAAAUACAGUAUAUUUGAUGAUCCAUAUAUCCCUAGCACAUUCAGUUAGAAAUGGAGUUGGCUAUUUUCUUACACACAGGGUCAUGUGAUACACAAUGUUUAAUGUUUGCGCAGAAAUGUUAAAAUUGUUUCGGAAAGUCUUCGCACACAUGCUUUAACUAGCUGCAGCUCCCAGGUUUACGCCGAUCCCAGAACAGAGCAGCGCAUGUCUGCAGGCUAAUGAGAAGGUUAGAUGUGCGCAGAUGUGCCGUGGGGGUUCUCGCCCUAACGUGAGCGGCCAAGGGGCGAGCUUUAGGUGGCGGGACUAACGUGACAUUUCCGUGCAGGGUUUUUAAAUGGCAUCUUCCACCAGCUUCAUCACAUCGACACCGUACAGCAUGGCUCCGCUAGCACGGUCAGAAUUAACUUGGUGAAUAGGUUGGGUAAAUCAGCAACCGCCUCGUUUAAACAUCCACACAAGCAUGAUUUCAUCCGAAUGAUGGGAAAUGACAGGGCACACUGUGUAAGACGCGCAGCGACCACGAACAACGCAAGGAUGAACACAUACAUGAAUCUCAGAAAGUGUCAAAGUGUCGCGCGUCGGAUCAAACAAAGAGAAGCAAUACCAUCUUUUACAGCGACAAGAAAAGUCCAUCUUUUACAAUACAGCAUUGCCUCGACAAGACACGUGCUAACAGAAACGUGACCACGGAUGACAGCACGAAUCCUGUCAUUUGGACUGCGGUUAUUUCGGAAUUUCCCGUCCACGAGUGUGUGUUCAGGGGAGAUGUCCGGUGCCUGUACUCACUAAUACGCACUCAGAACAUCGCACACAAAGACAUGCAUGGAAACAUGCCACUCCAUCUUGCUGUGAUGUUGGGUCAUAAAGAGUGCGCUCAUCUGCUUUUGGCCCACUGCUCGCCUGUGAAAGUGAAGAACGCCCUUGGGUGGAGUCCACUCGCUGAAGCCAUCAGCUACGGUGACAGAUAAAUUAUGCCACUUCUCUCACGAAUUCUGCCAUCGGAUGCCUGCAAGAUCUACAAGCAGGGCAUCAAUAUCAGGGAUUGAGUUUGAGAGACUCUGCAGGUUACACACCACUCUGGUGGACUGCAGUGACAGGAAGUGUCGCCGUGGCAAACUCAGCUUUAUCUUCCACGGGGAUGCACCACCUGCCGAGGCCUUUGUCGUCCUUGACAACGAACAGAAGGUGUAUCAGCGAAUUCGCCAUGAAGAGUCUGAGAUGGACACAGAGGAGGAGGUGGACAUUCUCAUGAGCAGUGACAUCUACUCAGCCACGCUCUCCACCAAGAACGCCUAUUUCUCCCGCAGUCAUGUUGGCUGGGUCUUCAAAGAGGAUAAGACAGAGAAGGCCGGGAAGUUCGUGGGUGACCUGUACACGGUGAAGGGCCUGAUCCUGAAGUGCAGGGAGCAUCUGAACGAGGAGGACGUGCUCCAUAACAAAGCCCUGGUGGAGAGCCUGAGCAGGGGCGGGGCCCUGACCGAGCAGAGCUUAGAGGUUGCUAAAUGCGCUGGAGGUCAUCGCUCCCUUCAAGCACUUCAGCAAACUCAGAUUUUCAGAUGAAGCUUCCUCCUCGAUUUCCAGUCAAACUCGUGAUUAAGACAUCCCCGUGUUUCCGAUCAUCAAAGCUACAGUGACAUUUCAGGAGUUCCGGUUUGACAAGUCCAUCUUCACCAUCCCCGCUGACUACAAAGAAGGCCCCUACCGCUGACCUCACAUGUAACAAGAGGUCUAACAUUACUAACAAAGAUUACCACUCAAAAGAUGAUCAAAUCUGUUUAUUCUGAUUUAUCUAAAGUUAUCUGCUUGUCUUUGUCCAUAGCUUUAGUGAAAGCUGUGUGCACAUGUGUUUUGGAGGAUGGAGAAGGGAAAGCUAUGCUCUUAAGGUUCAUUGUGGUCCCCCUUUCGGAGCACGCCAUCCACAAAAGAGGAUGACGUGUUUCUGAAUGAAUGCAGUGACACUGUUCCAAAGUUCAGGACCCCAGCACCCACAGAACACACUCACUAUGCACAAGCGCACUGGGUCUUGAGGCCUUGUAUUGAAUUUCUCAGCCUGGCCGUUUUGGUUCCUGGAUGUUAGUCGGGUGUGGUUUUUUGAGGUCGCUACUGCCACCUGCUGAUUUGUACCGCCUGAGCCAUCACUGAUUCACUGCAGCAGACAUUAAGGAGCCAAGUUCAGGAACAUAGCUGCUGUUACUUUGAAUGUAGCCUUGUAAAUAUCAAAAAGAUCAGCAUCCAUUUGACUUGAAAACAUCAGUUUCGAAGUAUGGAAAUAUUUUUGCGAAGAGCAAUAACCAAACUGAAUCAAAGAGUCUCGGGUUUAAGGAAGAAUGCUAUUGACGCUAGAGGGUGAG